AUGAACUGGCUUCGAGAGAUCGAGCAGGCAUUCCGGGCYUGUGACUGUGAUGAAGGGCAAAAGGCAAAAUUUGGCUCUCAAAUGUUUAGGGGUGCGGCUCUUACUUGGUGGAACAUCGUCAUAUCAACUAUAGAUGCUCAAGAGCUAGCCAAGAUGAUUUGGGCCACGUUUAAAGAAAAAGUAUUGGAGGAAUAUUGCAACGAACAAGAAAUGGACCGUAUUGAAAAGGAGUUCCGGACCCUUAAGAAAGGAAACCUGUCAGUAAGAGACACACGACUAUUCAUGGAAAAACUGAAUUUGGUGGGUCAUGUGGCCCCGACGGAGAAAGAAAAGAUGAAGGCUUAUUUAAAAGGGUUGCCCGCAGACAUGAUGAUAAUGGUCAGGAAUUCCAGAGCCUCCACCCUUAGGGAGGCAAUUGAGGAAGCCAAAGUCAUGGAAACGGUCUAUGCUAAAGGAAGAGAAGAGAAAGGGGCAAGUGGUGAAAAGAGGAAAUGGGAAAAUCAGUACGCGCCUUCCAAGAGAUCAAAUCAGCACAGCAACUACAGUCGGGGAGUGUAUCCUAGRCAGGAGGCUAGGUGGUGUUCCAAAUGCCGCACUAAACACCAUGGCCCAUGCACCACCAACUCUACUCCUGCAAAAUGCCUUAAGUGCGGAAAGACGGGCCACUCACGAAAUGAUUGCCCRAUCAAARGACCUGUCUGUUUUGGUUGCGGAGAACCGGGCCACUUCAAGAGUGACUGUCCGAAGAUGAAGAUGGGAGGGGGCCAGGGAAUGAAAGAAAAUAUCCCGAGAGCGGCCGGCCGAGCCUUUCAGAUGACGGCCGAGGAAGCCAAGGCAUCGACAGAUGUGGUGUCGGGUACGUUCCUUGUUAACUCCGUACCUGCUCACAUACUUUUUGAUUCAGGUGCUUCAUGUUCCUUUGUGUCCACUACUUUCUAUCAACACUUACUUACGCCACCUAGUACACUAAAAGAUGCGUUAAUCAUAGAGUUAGCCAAUGGUAGUCAAAUUAUGGUGCGCGAAAUUGUUAAAGGUUGCGUGUUGGGGAUCGAGGGAAAGAAAUUUCGAGUAGACCUCAUACCCAUGGCUAUAGGUGGGUUCGAUGUUAUAAUUGGGAUGGACUGGCUAGUAGAGAACCAAGCAGAAAUCUUAUGCUCAAAAAAGUUAAUCCGAAUUCCCUUGCCGGAUGGGGACGCAGUACAAGUUGUUGGAGAAGGAAGGAAAGGUAAUGUAGUACUCUUAUCCACGGCGAAGAAUUUACCCGGCUUACCGCCCGAUAGGCAGGUGGAGUUCCGGAUCGACCUCAUUCCGGGGACUGCUCCAAUUGCUAGGGCUCCUUACCGCUUGGCGCCAUCCGAGAUGCAGGAAAUGAUGUCCCAAUUGCAGGACCUCCUAGAGAAAGGGUUUAUCAGACCGAGCUUGUCACCUUGGGGAGCUCCGGUCUUAUUUGUAAAGAAGAAAGACGGCACCAUGAGGAUGUGUAUCGAUUACCGAGAACUCAACAAAGCAACCGUGAAAAACAAAUAUCCUCUUCCUAGGAUUGACGACUUAUUCGACCAACUUCAGGGCGCAAGUUGCUUCUCAAAAAUUGACCUCUGUUCGGGGUAUCACCAGGUUCGAGUGAAAGAAGACGAUGUGGCAAAAACAGCUUUUAGAACGAGAUAA